AUGUUCCUGUCCCAGGAGGAGUGCCGGAUUGCACAUCCCAUUGUUAAAUGCACUUACUGCAGGACUGAAUUCCAACAGGAAAGCAAGACCAACACAAUCUGCAAGAAGUGUGCUCAGAAUGUGAAGCUCUAUGGAACACCAAAACCCUGCCAGUACUGCAACAUAAUAGCAGCAUUUAUUGGAAACAAGUGUCAGCGUUGCACAAACUCUGAAAAGAAGUACGGACCUCCACACUCCUGUGAGCAGUGCAAGCAGCAGUGUGCGUUUGACCGGAAGGAUGAUAGGAAGAAGGUGGAUGGAAAGCUGCUAUGCUGGUUAUGCACACUGUCCUAUAAACGGGUCCUACAGAAGACCAAAGAGCAGUGCAAACAUCUGAGCAGCUCUUCCCGGGCAAGCCUGCAAGAGAAGGAACAAUACAGUAGGCUCAGCAGUGGCAGCCAUUACAACAGCCAGAAAACCUUAUCCACCUCUUCUAUUCAGAAUGAAAUCCCAAAGAAGAAACCCAAGUUUGAUGCCAUAUCUGCCAAUGGUGACAGUUUUUCUCCAGACCUCGCCCUGGACUCUCCUGGCACUGACCACUUUGUUAUCAUUGCCCAGCUGAAGGAGGAGGUGGCUACUUUAAAGAAGAUGCUGCACCAGAAAGAUCAAAUGAUUUUGGAGAAAGAGAAGAAGAUCACAGAGUUGAAAGCUGACCUGCAAUACCAGGAGUCACAGAUGAGGGCAAAGAUGAACCAAAUGGAGAAGACACACAAGGAGGUCAUGGAGCAGUUACAGGCCAAGAACAGAGAACUCCUGAAGCAAGCAGCUGCCCUAUCCAAGGGCAAAAAGCCUGAGAAGUCGGGAGCAAUAACCUCCCCUUAAAAACAAAACCAAGCCCCCAGUCUGGGAGCUUUCCCCAGCAUUAGCCAAGGAGUCUAGGAGGCCUGCCUGAUCGCUGGAAGCCAAAACCUCACUUUUGUCACUAUCCCAUUGCUGUGGACUCGAUGGAAACGCCUGGUGUGUGUUGCCUUUCGACAGCAUGCUUGAGUGUGUCUGGUUUCAAUACCUGUUGAAUACCGUUCUGUGCUAUGGUGAUCCAUGGGGAGAGGUCCCAGCCAUCCUAAAUCCCCCCAAGUUUCUGGAAGAAGUGUUUUCCUAACCAGUUAGUACCACUGCCAACCCUUUAUAUAGCAAACAGGAACCUGCUGCAUUAGAGACUUCUUGCUGGUUUCAAACCUGCUGCUCUGAGGCAAUAGCCGUGGCCAGUUGUUGUGCAGAUAAGGCGGCAGCUGUGCAUGGUGGCAGCUUUGUUUUUUGAACUGUUCCCUCUUCAAAAGGAAGCUGAUAAUCACCAGCCCAACAGAUGUAACCAGAAGGUUGUGUCGCUGCUGAGAACCCAUCUUUUUGAAGAUGCUUCCAAAAUGGGGGCUAUAUAUUUAUUUUGGAGGAUUUUUGUUUUGUUUUGUAUUUUUCUAUGUCAGCUUGGCAACCCUGACUGCCUGGUUUUAUGUUUUUGUUUUGUUAUGAUAGCUUUUGGUUUGGGAGCCAGAGCAUAAUGAUACAGACCCACCUGGUACCCCUUGGUGCCCUGGUUACUUAGUGGCCUUUGGGCUUCGGUGACUUUUGCAGCUUGGUGUGACUGAGCUUCUCUUACUCCCCUUUCUUCACAUGAGGCUGAAGGAGAGUUCAAGGCUUGGAUAUUUCCUCUGCUCUCUGCAGUCCCUGGAUCAAGUUCACUUUCUUCUCCCCCUUUCCCUGCCCCGUUGCUCCUUUCCAGAUGCAGAAGUAGGGGCCAGGUUGGCUCCAGGAAAGUGCUUACUCAGGCAGUGACCCAAGCCAGGAAGUGUUUCUUGGGGCUCUCCAGAGACACUUCUCUCUGCUGAUUAAAAGCCAACAGGAUAAAAGGGCUAUGAAAGUUCUCCGUAGCAAGGAUGUGCUUCUCAGAAACAGUGCGAGUGCCGUGGCAAAGAGACCGCAAACAGCGCCAGCAAGGCGCUGGGAGGUGUGCUCCCCAAGCUCUGUCUGCAGUGCAUCUCUUGGGGGAGAUAAAAAGCACUUGGCCGUUAGGGGGGAAAGCACAGAACAGCUCUUGAGCUGGCAAGAACACUCCUUGGUAUCCUAGCACCGAGCUCUUCAGGGUGUGAAGAGACAUCUCAGGGUUUGGAGACCUUCGGGGCAGAGGAGUAAAGGAUGCACACUUAGUCUGGAGUGGCACUGAAGGUAUGCGGUGAAGAGGAGAAAUUGCCCUUUUGAGACAGGGCUGGCUGCUCUGUCAGGGUUUUUAUUAAGCUUUUAACUAGAGAUUAUGAUUUCUUUUUCCUUUUUUAUGUUACUAAAGAUGACUUUACUCAAAGGCACUUUUUUUGAUGAUGUUGGCUUCCGGCAUGGAAGGAGCACGCUGCAGCAUCAGACACUCUGCCACGUUUUUUGUUGUUAUUGUUGUUCGUUUUUGUUUUUUAAGAGACUUCUGACGUGAAAAGGAAAAAAAAAAAAAAAAGUUGUUACACUUUGCCAGAGUGUGACAGCAGGAAAAUACUCACCUAAUUUUAUACUUCACAUGUUUUUAGAAAAUGAGGUGAUUGAUGGGAUUUUUUUUAAAUGGGCGCUUUGCUUUUUUGUUUCCCUCAAGACACAGAAAUAGAGGGAGAAAGGCCCUGUAUAUACUAUUAUGUUUUUUUUUUAAUUGUGACAAAUUGAUCAUGCAGUUGAGUAGCUGAUGGUUUGUAGUAAUAACAUUGUUUCUUUGUAUGUUUGUAAUAAUGGAGAUUUUAAAGGGAUGCUUUGAUUUGUACAAAACUCUGACAAAUGUAAAAGUGUUUUA